GGAGGCAUAGCGAUUUGCAUUUCGUAAAACAGGCUAGAUUUCCCAAGCCAUCAAUUGAAAUCCUUAACCACGGUGGCACAGAAUGAGCAUUUCACGGUACGGUGAAGGAAGUAUUUGCGGGGGUUGCAGCGGAGGAAGCAAGCUAGGAUAAAAUCACAAUCAUGAUUCUCUUCCAGCUAGUCUUCCGUGUGGACCUCUCCUUCUCCAGACAAAUGAGACUCUACUAGGUGGUACCCUCGCAUUUAGCCAUCUUUCCCGAGGAGCGCUGCAACAGGUUCCCAUAAAUAUCCGUGUUUCGCUCACACUUGAGUCCUUUGCUCUAUUUGCCUCGUUUGCUGUGCUACUUUGUGCAGAGCACAAAUGUCGUUCCUCGCGCCCUCGAAUCAGGAAAAAGGACUCACCGUCUCACGAUGCGACGUUUGGUAUUUUUAGUCUCGCUCUUGGCUUCCCGAAAUGCCUUGACAAUGGCGGAUAUUCUAUCCAUCGCUACUCCUGUCCAUGUACCUGCCUCUCCGACAGGUACCUCGCUGCCCACAAAACCUUUUGGCUCGAAUAAUAUUAAUUCGGCAGUUGUCGUACCGGUUAUAGUCGCUUCAGUGAGCGUAUUUGUCGCUUUUAUCCUCAUCCUCUGCUUAAAAAUUCCCGUUCCAAAACGCUUCUUACAUCCUGUGAGAGAUGACGAUUCGACCUUGAGCCCAGAAACUUCGCGCUUGCGAUUCUCCUGGUUUCAUCGAAAACGCAGAUCGAGACCGACUAUAUGGCCUCAUUCGGUAUACAAUGGAGGGGAGUUUGAGUCUGGAAAGUGCGGGGACUUGGAAAUGCGAGUCAUGGAAGAUAUACCGGGGUUCCCCGUGCCGUUCAGAAAUUUUCCAUUAUCCCAUCGAGACACGGAAAAAAUGUCCCAAGCGAGGAUGGAGGAGGAGGCAGAAGCUAGAAUUAGGGAGAUGCUGGAGAGAAUGAAUCCAGAAGAUAGGGCAUGGGCGAGCGAACAAUUGAUUUAUGGACAGGUGGAUGACUUGCGGGACAAAACUAUUGGAGCACCGUUUUAAAGUCAUAGAGAUUAUCAUGAACAAUGCUCUGGAAUGGAGGAAAGAGAAUGGUUGUUUGAGUAAGGCACGUCAGAUUUGACAUCUGGAUUCAACUAGUUAAUUAACUAUACGUAGUGCCCCACAGGGUACUAUAAUUCCCCUGUAUUCAUCCCAAACGCAACGUACGAAGACUUCAUUUUCUUGUAUGGAAAGAUUAACGAACAUGGCAUAAUACUGUUUUAGUGCCACCUGCAACCUGACAUCCUCAAGUCUCUUAGUCGACGCUUCAUAACCCUAUGCAUAACUCGCGGAAGGAAUCUUAAUGGAUUCUGCUGUGACAAUAAGACCCAGAUGGAUCAAAAUGUGAAGAUAGGAACGAGACCGUUAAUGGAUAUCAAUUCCAAACGCAAAACCA